CACCAUCAUCCGGAAACCCGUCGACUACAACACUAACCAUAGCAGCUCCAGCCGGCCCUGUUGACGCAGACAACCGCCCGAAGGACGAUAUACCCGAUUUUCAUCGAGAUUAUAUCCAAGCUAUAAGAUAGUCAGUCGUAAAAACAACACAGAUCAACCAUGCGUUCAUUCGUUGCUGUGUUGGCGGCAGCCGCCUCUUUCCAAGGAGUCACCGCGGCUCCGGUGGACGAGCAUCACUCUCACACACCCGUCACGCACACGCGAUGGCCUCACCCUACCGGUGGCUGGCCUCACCACCCCAGCCACCACCCCAGUGGCGGAUUCCCGCACCACACCGGUAGCUGGCCUCCCCAUCACACCGGAAGCUUUCCUCAUCACCACCACACCGGAGGCCCUCGCCAUUCUAGCAGUGCUCUGUGGGAGAGAGAUGAGGAGGAGCACAAGUCCGGCCACGCUCAUUCCACGGGACACCACUCCCACCACACCGGCCAUCACUCAAGCCACAAGCCUCACCACACUAAGAGCCACCACAGUGGCCAUGCUCAGCCUACCGGCCACCACCAUCACUCUACUAAGACCCAUCACACCAGUCACCACUCGCAGCCCACCGGCCUCCCUCACACCUUCCCGGGCAACGAGAAGCACCACACUCCUUGGGGCCAUGGCACCGGCACAAGCCACCACCACCACCCUCAUCCCACCGGGGAACCUCAUCACCACCCCCACCCGACUGGCGAGUCUCACCACCACCACAAGAGCCACUCGUCAAGCGCCGCCACGACUACUACUACUAGCGUCGCCGUAGCCGAGCCCAGCAGCAUCAGCAACGAGAAGCGCGACGGCGACCACUGGCCUCACCACCACCACCCUCACCCGAGCGGCGGCGUCUUCACCACGAUCACCAUCCCCGGGUUCCCGCACCACCACCCGCGCCCCAGCGGUGGCUUCCCUCACCACCACCCCAGUGGCGGCGUCCCUCACCACCACACCGGGCGUCCUCACCACACCGGACACCCGCACCCGCCCGAGGUCACCGAAGUGCCCCGCCGCGCGCGCCAGGUCCUCCAGGAGAUGCCGCGCGUGGUGCAGGAGGCUAACUAAGGGGGUUUGGCUUACCUACUACUUAAGGACUUGGGUAUUCAAACAAAGCCCCUGCCAACAAGGCUUUGUUGUGGGCGAUACCUUACCCCUAAGCUGUACAAUAGAUAAUAGGCGUGUAGGAUUAGUGGUGGGUUAGAGAUGGGUGAACGGACAAGGCAAGGCAAGGCAAGGCACGGUGAAAGGGGUUCACUAGAGGAUCCGGAGGAUUCUCUUUUUUCCUUUGUAUCUUUUUAGAACGUUGGCUUGGCUUGCGGGGAUAGACGGCGGGACAACGCGCUGAGUGCGGGAUUGGAUUCGUUGGGUGGGACAAAGAUAAAAAUGCCCUUCAGAUUGGACAAUAGUCCCGCGUGUCUUUGAAUAUUCAGCGAUUCCAUAUCUGCGUACUCAGCGUGUCCUCUCGCUACCUUCGAUUCUAAAUUGCUAUAUCGAUAGGUGAU